AGUGAGAACCUUAGUUUGCAUCAAAGAACCCACACAGGAGUUAAACCAUAUAGAUGUAUUAAGUGUGGAAAGAGUUUCAGUCACAGGGGAAACUUUAUUGUACAUCAAAGAACCCACACAGGGGAAAAACCAUAUAAAUGUAUGGAGUGUGGAAAGAGGUUCAUUCGAAGUUACAGUCUUACUUUACACCAAAGAAUCCACUCAGGGGAGAAACCAUAUAAAUGUAUGGAGUGUGGAAAGAGUUUCAGUCAUAGUGGAAGCCUUAGUUUGCAUCAAAGAACCCACACAGGAGAGAAACCAUAUGGAUGUAUUCAGUGUGGAAAGAGUUUCAGUCGAAGUGGGAGCCUUACUUCACACCAAAGAAUCCACACAGGGAAGAAACCAUAUAAAUGUAUGGAGUGUGGAAAGAGUUUCAGUCAAGUCACAAGCUUACUUCACAUCAAACAACCCACACAGGAGAGCUAAAGUACCAAUGCAUUGAGUGUGGAAAGAGUUUCAGUCGAAGUGAGAACCUUACUUCACAUCAAAGAAUCCACACAGGGGAGAAACCAUAUAAAUGUAUGUAG